AUGAAGAUUUUCAGGCUUGUUGCAUCUGCUGCUACUGUGAGCGCUCUUGACUGUUUCGAUGGAAACAACGGCGGAUGUUCCCAUCUUUGCACAAGCGGCGGUUGCGAAUGUCCCGAAUGCUGGGAGCUAGAUGAGUUCGACUCCUUCAACUGCAAAAUCCAAGCAGGAAUGGCGACUGUGACAUGUUCGUCGACGGGAACAGAAAUUCUUCUCAAUAAAUGCGUUGCUCCCGAUGUUGAGCCCGAUAAAAUUAACCUGAAUGAACCAGCUUGCCAUGCAGUUGACUUCGAUGAUGAACACUAUAGAAUCGCUACUCCAUCUGCAACAUCAUGUGGAGCUAUGCUCCAUGAAACGGAGGGUGUCCUUCAUUAUGAGUAUAUCACGGAUUUCGGAAUGAAGGUUAAGAGCUGCGUGAUUUUUGAUAGCGCAAACCAAGAUUUGAAAAUCGACCUUAUCGAGGAUUUUUGCCCGAACGACCUCGGACUAGACUUCCACUGGGGUGCCACUAACGGUAAUCAUGUGAACUUUAUGUACACCAGUUUUGCCUUCCCCGAUAGCAGCGCCGACGCAACGAUGAUCGUCGAAUGUGAUGUCGAACUUUGCAACGACGAAGUGUGCGAGCAAGGCUGUCCAUUGAUUCCAACAUCCGAUUCAGAUUCGGAAAUGGAUGUAUUGGGAUCUUAG